AUGUUUCGUCGCGCGUGGGCGUUCGUGCAGACGUACCGGGCGCAGACGCGCGCGCUGGAGCGCAUCAGGCGCGAGCGCGAGCGCGUCGAACGUCAGCUGGAGGAGCUCGCGACGGCUGAGCGGAGGAACAGGGCGAGCGAAGCGGCGCUGGGCGAGCUGUUGAAGCGCUCGACGGCGCGGACGCGACGAGACGCGGUGGAGACGUCGAAGAUCGAUGCGAAGACGAGCGAAUUGACGGAGACGUUGGCGGAGGCGAGCAUGAAGCACGUGCGGGAGACGAUGGCGACGUUGGAGGCGGCGGCGAAGGCGCAAGCGCGGACGAGCGCGGACGCGGUGACGCGCGAGUUUGAAUCUGGACUAAAGGAAAAGGAGAAGAGGAAGGAGAGAUGA